GAAAUAAUUUUGUUUUCUAACUCUUUGCAAUGUGAAGCAUUUAUUUUUCAAAAUGUUUUAAUUUCCUGCUUUUCCCAAUUUCGUAAAAACCAGAAAAAACAGUAAAAUAAAAAUUGAAGAAUAUUUCUUUGAUUUGUUUCAAUCCUCGGUUCUCGAAAUUAAAUUUAAAAAAAUAACAAAAAUGCAUGAAAACUCCAAUUUAACAGAGUGUAUGUACAAUUUUAUCUUUUUUGUGCAAACCUUUGACCUCUUUACUUUUCUUUUUUCAAUCGCAAUCGUCUGAGUUUUUUAUUCGAACGAUUCCGGUUGUGUGGUUUGACAAACAAAUAAGUUAUUCGACUCACUAGAAGAGGGGGAAGGCUUUUUUCACACAUUUAAAACAGAAAAUUGGUCAUCGGUGGGUUUAAUUUUUUUAUAGUUUUUAAUUUGAAACUGUACGUUAUUCGGUUUAUAGACGUGGCGGUGUGGUGCAAGUGUUAGGAAAAUUCGGGGUUUAAGUGGAGGCACGAAAGGGAAAGAGCGAAAUUUUUCUAUUUAAUUUUUGUGGUGUGGUGCAUUGCGCACAAGGAAAAUUAUGAAUAUUAUUCGCGACUCAUGCAAAACUUGCUCGACAAAUUUUAUCUGUGCACCGGGGUCCGGGUUACGAUCUGUGUUGCUUUCCGCCGGUCAGAAGUCAAUAAAUGGUGUCGAAAUUUAUAGUUUAUUGAAUAAUCGACCAUUUUGAGGCUGCGCAGUAAACUUGUGCGCAUCUGAAGUACGCGCAGUUUGUUCCAAUCACUUGUUUAUCUCACAGGGAGUCUGAAACGCAUCACUGCGCAUGCGUGACCCAAAUUAAAACCUUCUGCGCAGUCGUAAUUCUCACCGGGGGUCGGGUUCCGAUCUGUGUUGAUUCUCGCAGGUCAGGAGUCAAUAUGACGUCGAAAUAAUGGAGGCCAAUCAGGAGCGUCAAAAAAUGGGGCGUGCCGACCUAAUUUUGACCGCGUAUUUUGUUUCGCAACAACUUCGGCAGAAUUUCGCUCCUUGCACCAAAAUCUCAUUCCCCGCCAUUUUGUCCCCACCACAAAGAUAUUUCACUGCUUCAUUCUCGUGCAUCGAAAUGCGUGUAGAUAUAAAAGCCCUCUCCCACUCUUCUCACUAUGUUCCGAAUUUUCUCUAAAUUUUACAAUUCUUUUUGUGAACAGUUUGGAACAGGCUGGAAGCAUGACGACUCCGUUCCUCGUCGCCAGCAUUUUCUUGCUCGGCCUUUCGUCCCUGACCACGGCCGCCAACUUCACUCAAGUCUUUGAGUCGAAUGAAAUAAUAGACUUCGAGUGGCCGUCGGAGGAAAUCAAGUCACAGGUCUUGGAAGAUGGAACUUUCAAGCCAGAACAUAUGUAUCCUAUUUUCAUGGCUGUCUACGGAACAAGGAUCUUCUUCAGCCUGUACAAAAUUCGCCCAGGCACUCCGGUGACUCUGGUGUCCUUGCCGACCAGCAACGCGUCCUCUGCACCCCCGAAGCUCACUCCGUUCCCUUCGUGGGACAUGCAUAAAACAGGAGACUGCAACAAAAUUGAAGAAGCAAAAGGGCUGGAAGUGGAUUCUGUUGGAAGGCUGUGGGUGCUCGAUGAGGGUAGCUACAAUUGCAAUUGCAAAAUUUGGACCAUCGACUUGAUCAAGAACGACCAUCACACCAAACUUAUUCACCGGUUUUCUUUUCUCCAUUCCUUGCAUGACUUGGUUCUUGACGAAACGCCCAACGGAACCUUUGCCUACAUCGCGCGGAGGUAUGACUUCAACAUUGUCGUGUUUAGUCUGGAGAGAAACCAGUCUUGGAUUGUGGACACGCCAGGAAAAAGGGUUAAUUCCAUUGCCCUGUCCCCUAAGAAUCAGGAAGCGAGAACGCUCUACCUCUACGAACCCUUCUCAAAAGAACUGAAUUCGAUUUCCGUUGCUGAAGUCCGCAAAGGAACUCGAACUGCAAAUCCGAAAGCAAUCGGAAACUGGAGUGCAGAGACUUACAGAAUGCUGAUGGACAACCGCGGGACCAUAUACGCCACCUUUUGGGGAAGAAACUUCAUAAACUCUUGGAAUACUUCCCAACCGUUUGAGGUGCAGCGUUUUUAUGAGGACGCCGGACUGGAAUUAGAUUUUGAUCAAUUCGCGUUUACUUUUGCCUUGGACCAAAGUGAAACUCUUUGGAUGACGGUGUUAGAUUGGAACAGACAGCCGAAAUACAGGCUUUUGAAGGCUGCGGUCGGCGCAAAAUCGUACAUCUUCGAGGCCUCACAAGUUUCAGAAUAGACGGUGCGAUCGGCGGAAAGGAAAAUGUUGCGGAAUACUGAUCGACUCGAGCGUAUAUUCUACGUUUACCUCAUGGCUGUGGCUAUUUCGUAGUUUUACUAGCGUGUUAAAAACCAUUUUCGGUUCAAAUGACGAGGUUAAUUUUUGGAUUUUCUAAGAAAUGUGUAGUUUCUCGAUUAAUAUUCACGAAAGAAAAGAAAUCUUCCGUAAGGUCAUGUCAGACGUCAAGGACAUCGUCUACAAAAUUGCUUACCUCCUCGAUUCAUUGCGAUCAAGAGUUUUUGUAAUGGUUAAUAAAUGUUCAGGCUUCAAAGUU